AUGUGGUGUCUGCUAGGACUCAGGUGUGACCUGUGUUACAACAACUACACGACAGCCUCGUGGACCAAACAGAGGACACAUACGGGCGUUGCAAUCUCGAAUUGUGUUGACAGGCCCUCAGAGACAAUCGGCGAAGAUGGCUUCCCCGAGUUCCCGGCUCUCAACGCCAAUCGCACGGUUUGGAGCUGGAAGUGGACGUCUACGGGUCUCUCUGGCGCAGCACCUACGCUUCACGUGACCGGAGAACUGCAUUUCCGCAGCUCAAACGAUCUGCAGUACCAGGCAGAGUUCUCCCGCUAUGAUCGCCUUGUUACCAACAGCCGAUGCGUACAAGUUCUCUAUUCCAAGGACGCGGAUGAGGUGCUACAGGGUCAGCGAAGCAUCUAUCGCAUAUUCGCGCCUAUCGUUGACUACUCACCUCUCUACUUCGGAGUUCAGAGGGUUGUAGGUCAAGACUCCGUUUCCGCGGGUCUGGUCGUGAAGAAGCAUGGCGGCGAAGGCUGGUUGGAUGCCUUCUACGCUGAUGCGCUCUGCCAGAUAGCUGGUCUCUGGGUCAACUGCAUGAUGGACGACGACGAGAAGGACAUGUGGAUCGCAAACGGUGUUGAGCACUGGCUGCGCGCCCCAACGGCCAAUAUCAAGGCUUCUUCGAAAGAGAAGUGGCAUGUCUUCUGCCAACACUCACGCUCUGCAGAUGGAAACUCGGUACUUUCAGAUAUCUUCAUCUUCGACGCUACAUCUGGUGCGCUGACGGAAGUCAUCAUGGGUGUCAAGUACGCAAAGGUAGCCAGGACGUCCAUGGGUAAACUGUUUUCUCGUCUCACGGCACAAAGCGGGACUGUAAAGGCUCCUGUGAGUCAGAGUGUUGCGCCCGUACUCAUGGCAUCAGCGGAAACUCCAGUUCCUUCGCAGCCUACUCCGCAAACCGCGGCUGCUCCCGUCACCCAGAAGGCGGCUAAACCUGCUCCCGAAACCCCUUCAAUCAACGUCGUCGGAAAGCUCAAGGCUGUUUUGGCGGAUAUCUCGGGUCUUGAGCCCGAAGAGAUCAAGGACGAUGUUGAGCUUGGAGAUAUUGGUAUCGAUUCGUUGAUGGGUAUCGAGAUGGCAAGGGAGAUUGAGAAGGAAUUCGAGUGCACCCUGCCGCAGGAUGAGCUCAUGCAUGUCACGAACUUCCCGAGUCUACUGAGUUGUGUCCAGGGGGCGUUGGGUGCAUCGACUGAUGAUGUCGUGGUUCAUUCUUCAUCUGCGUCAGAGGAUGAAGCAGAGGAUGUUGCGGGCGGAGCUACCACUCCAGCGUCGGUAUCGACUAACGCUACUUCCGUUGAUCUUGACUUCAAUGAGGCUCUGUCAAAGGGUCUUGAGCUACCUCAAUCUGCAAUCCUCAAGGCUUUUGGCGAGACGAAGCUGACGACCGAUCGAUUGAUGGAGGAAUACGGCAAUCGUGGGUACCUUUCCACCAUCGCUCCGCUUCAAGAUCAGCUCUGCGUAGCUCUCAUCAUCGAAGGUUUCAAGGAACUAGGUUGCGAUCUCGCCGCAACUAAACCGAGAGAGAAGCUACCAUCGAUCCCGUAUGCCGACGACCAGAAGAGAUUCGCACAGUACCUCUACACCGUCCUCGAGACCGCGCAUAUUGUAGAGCUCGAUAGCGGAAACAUGACCAGAACCCACAUUGCAGUCCCUAAGAGACAAAGCGCCGACAUCCUCAAGGAGCUUCUCUCCAGUUUCCCCGAACAUGCCUGCUGCAAUGAACUAGCUCACUACACUGGAUCGCACCUCGUUGGCAUUCUCACCGGACACGAAGACGGUAUCAAGCUCAUCUUUGGCACUGACCGUGGCCGGGAACUCGUUGCAGGCGUCUACGCUGAUAAUCCGAUGAAUAAGAUCUAUUAUGCGCAAAUGGGCGACUUCAUCCGUCGGCUUGCAGCGUCGACUUCCCAGCGACCAAGUCAGGGACCACUGAAGAUUCUCGAAAUGGGUGCUGGUACUGGCGCAACGACUAAGGUUAUCUUGCCCUUGCUUGCUGAGCUAGAAAUCGAGGUGGAGUUUACAUUCACCGAUCUCGCAGCUAGUUUCGUCGCUGCUGCGAGGAAGCAGUUCAAGCAUCUCCCGUUCAUAAAGUUCCGGACUCAUGAUAUUGAGAAGGUGCCUGCCGAUGACUUGCUCCACAGUCAGCACAUUGUUCUCGCUAGUAACGCCGUCCACGCCACGCGCAGUCUGCCAAUUGCGGCUACCAAUAUUCGCAAGAUGCUGCGUCCGGAUGGUGUUCUUCUCAUGGUUGAGAUGACAGAGCCCAUGUACUGGUGCGACAUCAUCUUCGGCGUUUUUGAAGGUUGGUGGCUGUUCGAGGACGACAGACAGCACGCGUUGUCGUCCGCUGAGGACUGGGAGAAGGUACUCCACGGCGUGAGCUACGGCCACGUCGACUGGAGUGAUGGCCAUAUCGUCGAGACGAAAUGUCAACGCCUGAUCAUGGCCACUGCAGGAGGCAAGCAGCACCCCCGCCUGCCCAUCGCACCAAAGCAGCAGGAGGACUUCCGCCACGAAGAGCGAGAAGCAGCAACAUCAAAGCUCAUCGCCAAAACCGCCCUCGACUUCACCAUCCCCACUAUUCCCGAAACCGACAUCAUCAAAACCCCCAGCACCGGCCACUGCAUCCUCAUCACCGGUGCAACAGGCAGUCUAGGCUCGCACAUGGCCGCGCACUACGCCUCCCUCCCAACCGUAACCUCAGUAAUCUGCCUCAACCGACGCAGCCACAACUCCCCUUACACGCCACUUGAACGCCAACUCAACGCCUUUACCCAAAAGUCCAUCACCCUCCCCGCCUCCUCCCUCUCCAAAAUCACCGCCUACGAAACUGACAGUACAAAGCCCCUCCUCGGCCUCCCCGAGGAAACCUACGCCACCCUCUCCACCACCGUAACACACAUCGUGCACAACGCAUGGCCCAUGAACGGUAAACUGCCCCUACAAGCCUUCACCCCACAGUUCAAAGUCCUCCGCCACCUCUUCGACCUCGCUGCUCUUGUAGCUGCGAAACGCGGACCGGGCUUCAAAUUCAGUUUCCAGUUCAUCUCGUCGAUUGCGACGGUGGGACAUUACCCUUUUCACGCGCGUACACCGCAUAUUCCUGAGGAAACAAUGGGUAUCAAGUCUGUACUUCCGAAUGGCUACGGCGACGCAAAGUUUGUGUGUGAACGCGUGUUAGAUGAGACACUACACCGGUAUCCGGAUCGCUUUAGGGCGAUGGUUGUGAGGUUAGGACAGGUGGCUGGGUCGUCGGGGAGUGGGUAUUGGAAUGAGAAUGAGCAUUUUGCUUUUUUGGUAAAGAGUGCGCAGACACUUAAGGCGCUGCCGAGACUUGAGAGCGUAGUUAGUUGGACGUGUGUGGAUGAUGUGGCGGGGGCGAGUGCGGACUUGUUGUUGGAUAAAUUCCCGGAGAAGAUUUAUCAUAUCGAUAAUCCGGUGAGGCAGGAUUGGGCGGGUAUGUUGAAGUUGCUGGUGGGAGAGCUGGGGACUCCAGAGAAUAAGAUUGUGUCCUUUGAGGAGUGA